AUGCCCGGUGAUCCAUCAAAAACGUAUGUCCAGAGGUGGAUUCAGGAUGCACUACCGCCUCUGCAGACUGAGAAGAUAGCUAUAGAAGUAGAUAACCUGGGGUAUAUGGUGGGGACUAAGGGAUCACGGAUAGGACUAAUUAGGCAGAAUACUGGGGCGGCUAUUCACUAUAUGGAAGAUCCGCCUGGCUCUAAGCGCUUUUAUGCAGUUAUUAAGGGAACGACAAAGCAACUGGCCGACGCAAAGGCUGCGAUUUACGCAGACGUCUUAGAUUACCAUCGGUGGGUUAAAAGGGGAAAGGGCAGUCUCUCCGAUGCCCUGGGGAACCGCAUGUACCCGUAUUCUUUAGUUCUUCGCCUUCCCCCUGGAGGAUCUCGAUUCUACUCCGGUCCUGGAUAUCAGUCGUUCUUAGAGCUUUCGAUCCGAAAGGACAUAUUUAUCAAUGUCAGCCAGCAAGACGAGUUGACUGUCCGAGCUGCAAGUACUGAAGCACUGAUGGAAGCCGUACAAAAGGUCACAGAUAUUUUGAACACAUUUGUUAGUCUUGCUGCUCCAAUCCCCAAUUGGACUGUAGGCCGAGUGAUCGGACGCAACGGAGAGGCACUGGCCAAGGUAUCAGAUAUUAUUCAAAUAAGGACAAAUUCCCGGUUGAUUUGCUUCAUAUCCAACACGCAUAAGGCUGAAGGACUGGUAUCUUAUUUUGUGGUGUUGGCAGAUAAGAGGGAUGCUGUUACCCUAGCCAUGCAGAUGGUCUUUUCCAGGAUCUCUUCGAUUACUAUAGAGGCAGGCCUGUUUGUUCCUGUUAUGGAGACCGAGAACGUCAUCAUGCUCCCGAUUGACUCCACAUCUUUGUGUAGCUAUGGCCUAAAGGCGCCUCUUGCGAAACUUCAAAGCUCUUCAGGCUCUCAUAGCAGGAAAUAUUCAUCUAUAUCGAUGGAUGGGUCCUUCUCGCUACCCCCGGAGAUGCUGUCGUUACUACCCACAAGCAGCCCUCCUACCCAUGCACGGCACUUUUCUACCGUAGAAGGAGAUGUAGUGCCUUGCCACGCCGUGCAAACCACUACUGCCCACCGGCGUCUUAAUAGCUCUAUCCCAUAUAGUGUUAGCAAUAGCACACAGUCUGAUGGCCAACAGUCAUUCCUAUUCCAGCUUUCUUUCCCCAACUCCUCAGUAAGUAACACCACAGAUCAGGCGCUCAAGUGCAAUUUUUGCUGUGCAAAGAGAAGGUCCCUCUUGCCGUGUUCUGAUUUUCUACGCACACCUUACACAGUUGAGAGCCUCCGCGAAUCAACAGUGGCCGUUGAUAGGAGGUAUCUUGUCAUGCAUGUUCCAGAGCACUGUGACAAUAUGCAGGAGUUUUGGCAAUCGUCUCUUCUUGCAGCCCUGGCAACGGUUGGGCGCGAAUUUUUCUUUAUCGAGGACCCUACCACUGCAGUAGACUUUGUCAAGUCGGCAUUUGACUUCACAGUAUCCUGUUCUCCAGGACGAUGCUACUACGCUUCUCGAACGGACGAGUUAUUCGAUACUAUAUAUGAUAUCUCCGAGGGGCUCUCCUCACGCAGAGUGCGGCUCUGCUUCGACAGUGGCAUGGAUGACUGUGACUACACCAAGUUGUUUGCAUCUUCAAAAACCCACUAUGCGUGGUAUACAAAGCAGCUUAUGGAUGUAAGUAUCUCUGACGCAUUGCCCAAUGGCCUUGCGCAGCACCUAUCAGCCAUUAGCGGCGUUGGUGGAAUGGACAAACACUAUAGCAUGUGGCACUCUUUGAACUUUGACUGCUACGUGCAGCCUCCCGGCCGAAAGUCUGCUUUAGAGCAUGACUUCUCCAUGUCCCUUAGUGACGAAGACAUACCGCAAUUACAAGAUGCUGCUGACGAGCCUGCGGUUAGCGUAUCUGGCUUGGGGAUAUCAUAUAUUUUGCAGUCUAAAACGGGUUAUGAUAUCUUGGUGAAGAUAACCCUUGUUCCUAAGAGCCUUACUCCCUUGGUAUCUGCAACCGAUGAGACAGAUGUGGAUGCACUGUGUAGAGGGGACGCACGCUUGAUACUCCUUAGAAAGUAUAUCAAGAAUCUAAAGACUAUAUCCAGUAAUACUGCGUACACAAGUCCUAUUACGACCACCAAAUGUUACGAAGUGCAAUCCGAACCAUCCCAAUUCGGAGAGGCUCUUCCCGUCAAAACACAUGUCAUAACACUCAACUUACCAGACGUCCCACUUGACGUGGCGACACACAUAGAUCCCACGCCUCUGUCACUUGAGGAUCUGGCCACGGGGGUGGGGUACUCUACAGCGAAGGGCCUCCUCCCACCCAGCCAAGAUUCCAAGUUUCCUAUGCCGUCCACCGUUCUUAUCCAGGACCAUCCCAAUGCUACCCUGAACCGGGUGGUCUUCGCUGGGCUUGGUGACAUAGUUGCAACUUCUUCCUACCUCCAAGAGUUACCCCAUGUGGCCAAGCCUAAAUUAGUCGUCGACUUCCGACCCUUUGCUGGGUAUCGGUGGAGGAGGAAGGGCCUUAUUAACAAGGUGGUUAGCUUCACUGGACUGGUAUCUAUUCUUCCGAGCAUUGUAAGCAGAGUCAAGGAGGUCUUAAAGACGUUACCAGAUCAGGAGUAA